GAAGAGUGUGCGCAGCUGAUACACUUAUGGUGACCUAGGUAACAUUCCGUUUAGAGCGGAAGGCUGGAAUGUUAUGAAGUCUUCAAGAUAGACAGGCAUUGCGGGGCCAUCAACGAGAGAGAGUAUAUGAGGAAGAUCAACAAUACAGCAUGUCGGAUAUUGACAAGUCAGGACCCUUCUCAGUUUCGUUGUUGUCUGAAGAUACAGUCCGCAUUAUUCCAGUGCAGGACAGUGGCCCAUGCUUCUUGAAUUCCGCACUCAGGUUGCUAUGCGACGCUGAUGCCAAAACACAAAUCAAGAUCUGUAUGGACUGAUGAUGACUCGCUCACCAACGGUACAUAUAAUUAAAAAGAGAACGACUUCCCUUCCCAACCAACCAUAACUCCUUGAAACGAUAUUGAAGUUAUCUUCCAAACAGGCUAAUGCAUUUUUAACCAUUUAAUAAUAUAGGAGGCUAUCGCUACUAUAUAUAUGGUAAUAUGAAAGUUAACAUACCCAGAAAUACAUCAGUUAAAACUCCAAGAGACGACACAAGAUUAAGGCCUUGAAACACACUACAAAUCAUAUACUAGCAUUCGAAAAUUUGUCAGUGAUCAGUCCAUUAAGUGACAACCCAUUAAGAUGCACGUUUGACGAACGUUCCACCAUGAAUGCAGGCAGGGAUGUUGGUGGGGUCAAUAUCUCGUCUGACUACAAUUCAACCGCUCAGGAAAACAAUCCAUGGUAUCAAACAGUUCUUCAUUUUCAGACUGGAAUUCUGAUAGUUGUAGUCAUUGUCGGACUUGUCGGCAAUAUUCUGGCGGCAGGAACAUUCCUGAGUCCAAACCUCAGAAAAACGUCAUGUUGUCUGUAUCUGGCAACAAAAUCCAUCAACGAUUUAUUGUUCCUGUUGUCCCUGGUGAUUGUGUGGCUCUAUCGCCUGGACGUGCCAGUGUUUGAAACAAUUGGAGUGUGUCAAGCGACGGUUUUUGUGACGUAUACAACUGGUUUCCUGUCCGUGUGGUUUGUUGUGAUAAUUACGUGGGAGAACUUUAUCAGGGUAUCCCUUCCAAGUCACGUGGCACGCCUGUGUAAUGUGAAACGUGCUAAAUACACCAUCGUAAUCCUGAUAAUCAUCUCUGUAGGAAUGUAUAGCUUCAGUCUAUGGACAACAGGACUGAUAAGUUCCCGGAUUAAUUCAAGUUGCCUUGUGUUUGAAAAAUACGAAAAAUUGCUGGUUGCCAUGACGUGUGUUGACUCUAUAUUAACAUUGGUUAUUCCUCUUAUUGUCAUGGUUUUCUUGAACAUAGCUAUUUCUAUCACUGCCAUCCAAUCCCAUGAGCGCAGGAAGAGAUUGUUUGAAAGCAUUCCAAUGACGUCCAUACAUAGGAGAAACGAGACUUCGGUGUUGGAAAUGAAAGUUUCAAAACUGUUGUUUGCAGUUUCUAUCAUAUUUCUUUUGCUUCAUACGCCAAGCCAUGUAAUUAGAAUUAAGAUGAUGGUACUACAGAGCAUAUAUAAAACGAAGCCUAGUUUGAGUGACCGUGUUCUGCAUAGAAUCUUUGAACUGGUAUACUACAUGAACUUUUCAGUCCACUGCGGCGUGUAUCUGGUUUUUGGUGACAAUUUUAGGAUGAUUUUUAAACGAUUGUAUUGUUCGGGGUGUAAAAAGGCUGAAAACGCACAAAUUCACACAUCUUCUAAACGGUGUUCGGAGACGGAAGCGAUGUUUGAACAAUGCAAAAACAUUGAUAUUGAGUGACCUGAAAGACGAUGACACUACAAAACAAAGUGGAAAAACGUGACUGUCUUUGUAACAUGACUGUACACAUACUUUAUUGUGUACUUUUCUAUUAGUCCAAGCUAAUGAAUAUACAGGUUUGUCGUGAAUAUAUCCCCACAACGAUUACAUCACAGUAUUACAAUGCUAACUAUUUCCU